AUGAUGAAGUCCCGUCCGGGCACCCCAACUAUUCUGCUGCCCAUUGCUCUCUGCCUCGGCUUGGUCCCUGUGUGUUUGGGAGCUGCAAUCCCUGUUUCAUGUGGUUCCAUCUACAAGAGUUUUGCUCAGUGUUUACUCACUCUUGGGGACAGUUUGGUAGAAACACAAAAAGACCAGAGCACACAGGACAUUGAUGCAAUCUGCAGGUCCUGGAAUGCGUUCCACGUUUGCGCUAACUCAGCUCUGGCCGGCUGUCCUGGAGAGGCAGCAGCUGUCUGGGAGUCUCUGAGACAAGAGUCCAGGAAGGCGCAGUUUUCUGGGAACCUCUACGACAUGUGUGCCAGCCGCACCACCCUCCCACCCAGCACCGUGCCUGCACCCCAGAGUCCCCCCACCUCUGACCUGACCAAUCAGGAAACACUGAAAGGGCAAACAUACAAGCACAGCCCCACUCUCAGCACUCUGCUGAUCCCUGUAUGCAGUACGUUACUAGUCCUGCUCAGGAGUUAG